AAUCUCGAUCACUCGAAAUAACGGCAAGCAUCACGCAAAAUACUGCCCUUCAUCACCGAUCGAACUACUUGUUUAUAAAUACAAGAAAUCUGUGGUUGGGGUUUUUGUCUCUUAAAUCUUUUUCUCUCUGACUCAACGAAAACACAAACACCAACAAACAAAGAUGGGAAGUGCUGAAGUUUCAUUCAAAUUGGCGGAUCAUCCAAAGCUUCCUAAAGGGAAGGUAAUAGCUCAGAUUGUUUUGGAUGGAUGGGGAGAAGCUAAUCCUGACCAGUUUAACUGUAUCCAUGUUGCUCAAACACCAACCAUGGAUUCUCUAAAACAGGGUGCACCUGAGAAGUGGAGAUUGGUAAGAGCUCAUGGUAAGGCAGUUGGUCUCCCAACUGAAGAUGACAUGGGUAACAGUGAAGUUGGACAUAAUGCCCUUGGUGCUGGAAGAAUUUUUGCUCAAGGUGCCAAGCUUGUUGACAUUGCACUUGCCUCGGGAAAGAUCUUCGAUGGAGAAGGCUUUCAGUACAUCAAGGAAUCCUUUAAGGAUGGCACCCUCCACCUAAUUGGGUUAUUGAGUGAUGGAGGUGUCCACUCUCGAAUUGAUCAAGUGCAGUUGCUAUUAAAAGGAGCCAGCGAGAGGGGUGCCAAAAGAAUCCGCCUUCAUAUUCUCACUGAUGGUCGUGAUGUUUUGGAUGGUUCAAGUGUAGGGUUUGUUGAAACUAUUGAGAAUGACCUUGCACAACUGCGAGCAAAUGGCGUUGAUGCACAAAUUGCAUCUGGUGGGGGUCGCAUGUAUGUCACAAUGGACCGUUAUGAGAACGACUGGGGUGUUGUGAAAAGAGGAUGGGAUGCUCAAGUUCUUGGUGAAGCACCAUACAAAUUUAAGAGUGCUUUAGAAGCAGUUAAGACACUGAGGGCAGAACCAAAGGCCAAUGACCAAUACUUGCCUCCAUUUGUUAUAGUUGAUGAUAGUGGCAAGGCUGUUGGCCCAGUUUUGGACGGUGAUGCUGUUGUGACUUUCAACUUCCGUGCAGAUCGUAUGACUAUGCUUGCUAAGGCCCUUGAAUAUGAUGACUUCAAGGAUUUUGACCGCGUUAGAUUCCCAAAGAUCCGUUAUGCUGGUAUGCUCCAGUAUGAUGGUGAGUUGAAGCUUCCAAACAAAUACCUAGUUUCACCACCAGAGAUUGAUAGAACAUCUGGUGAAUACUUGGUGCACAAUGGCGUCCGUACUUUUGCCUGCAGUGAGACUGUUAAGUUUGGACAUGUUACCUUCUUCUGGAACGGGAACAGAUCUGGAUACUUUAAAGAAGAUAUGGAGGAAUACGUUGAAAUUCCAAGUGAUAGCGGAAUUACAUUCAAUGCCCAGCCGCUAAUGAAGGCCUUGGAAAUUGGUGAGAAGGCAAGGGAUGCUAUUCUUAAUGGCAAGUUCGACCAGGUACGUGUCAACAUUCCAAACAGUGACAUGGUUGGACACACUGGUGACAUUGAGGCAACUGUUGUCGCUUGCAAAGCUGCUGACCAAGCUGUUAAGAUGAUUAUUGAUGCGAUCGAGCAAGUUGGUGGAAUUUAUCUUGUUACUGCCGAUCAUGGUAAUGCUGAAGAUAUGGUGAAGAGGAACAAAAAAGGAGAACCCCUGCUAGAUAAAAAUGGGAACAUUCAGAUCCUCACUUCCCACACUCUUCAACCAGUCCCAGUUGCCAUUGGUGGGCCUGGUCUAGCUCCAGGAGUUAGAUUCCGCAGUGAUGUUCCUGAGGGUGGUCUCGCCAAUGUUGCUGCAACAAUGAUGAACCUCCAUGGAUUUGUGGCUCCAGAUGACUACGAGACAACUCUAAUUGAGGUUGUCUAGGAGACUGUUAAUUUGAAAAAUCACUCCCAGGGUCUGCAGAGGAAGAGAUAAAUUAGAGUCAGAAUACAAGAACUUGCUUAUCGGAGUGUUUAUGUAUUUUUUUACUCGAUAUUGAGCGCUCAACUAGUCACGCUGUUCUUAGUGCGUGUGAAGCGGUAUUUUACAUCAUAAUGUGCAAAACAGUUUUUUGUUUUUGUUUUAUUUUGAGACUCCUACGAAGAGGAGAUAAUGUCAUAAUUUAAUCUCAGAAGAAUAGAGUUUUAUAAAUGAUAUUCGUUCUUGAUAGAAUCAAUGAUGAAAUCAGUUUUUAUGUGCUCUGCAAAA